CACACCUUCAAGCGAUCUCCAUGCCUAACAUCUCCUCCCUCCCUCUCUCUCCCUGUAAAUUAAACGCAAUGUACAGAGCCACCGUGCUGUUAGUGUCACUCUGCCUCAACUGGCAAGUUGCGUUGUCAGUCACCGAUGGUUUAUUGCCCAAUGGAGACUUCGAGUAUGGGCCAAAGCCAUCGGAAAUGAAAGGAACGGUAGUGACAGCCAAGAAUGCAAUUCCUAACUGGGAAAUUUCCGGCUUCAUCGAGUACAUUAAAUCAGGGCAUAAACAAGGUGACAUGUUGCUGGUAGUGCCUGUUGGAGCCUACGCAGUCAGAUUAGGGAACGAAGCAUCAAUUAAGCAAAAAGUUAAGGUCACACAAGGCGAGUUCUACUCUCUAACCUUCAAUGUGGCUCGCACUUGUGCCCAAGAGGAGAAACUAAACUUGUCUGUUUCACCUAAUUCGGAGCCAAGAGAUUGGGGAAUCUUGCCAAUGCAAACAAUGUAUAGUAGCAAUGGAUGGGAUGCCUAUGCAUGGGCUUUCCAUGCUGACGGGCCUGAGGUUGAGAUCUCCAUCCACAACCCUGGUGUGGAGGAGGAUGCCGCCUGCGGCCCACUUGUUGAUUCCGUCGCGUUAAAGCUUUUGUCCAAUCCUAAGCGUGCCAGAGACAACUUGUUAAAGAAUGGGAAUUUUGAGGAGGGUCCUUACAUGUUUCCCAACACAGACUGGGGUGUCCUAAUCCCUCCCCACAUUGAAGAUGAUCAAUGUCCUCUACCUGGAUGGAUAGUUGACUCUCUCAAGGCAGUAAAGUACAUAGAUAGAGAGCACUUUACAGUCCCAGAGGGAAAAAGAGCUGUUGAACUUGUAGCAGGAAAAGAGAGUGCUAUCUCGCAAACUGUGAAGACCAUAAUCAAUAAGAUCUAUGUCCUCACAUUCUAUGUUGGUGACACCAGCAACUCAUGUGUGGGAUCAAUGGUUGUAGAGGUUUAUGCUGGCAAGGACAGAACUCAAGUUCCUUAUGAAUCUAAUGGCAAAGGAGGGUUCAAGCGUGCCAAGUUCGUGUUCAAGGCCGUGUCAAAUCACACAAGAAUUACAUUUCUUAGCUCAUUUUACACCAUGAAAAGUGACAACUCUGGUUCUCUAUGCGGCCCAGUAUUAGAUGAUGUGAAGCUGGUUAGUGUUCGAAAUCCAAGGCGUCAUCUGUGAUAAUGUGCUAAUUGCAUUGCUUGUGCAAACCACAUUCUUUCAUCUUGAUCAUCAUAUAUAUGUCUUUAUGUACCAUAGGUUUCUUGUAACGGAAUUGAAAUGAGUUUAAUUAUAAUAUUCCUCGAAGAAUGAUGUAUCUAUGGUUUUUUCUACUAUAAAAAAUUAUAGGAGCUUGUUCCUCGAAAAA